UUUCUUUCCUGUUUUUCCGAUACACAAUUCAUACAUUAUCUACAUUCUAAUAUCCUUAAUCACAAUACUACAUAUAUAUCGACAAAUGUUACGAUAAAAAGUGAGACAUCUGCGCCAUGAAGUAUGAAUUGCUCGGUAAACUUAGUUUAAAAUGUGUAUUAGUUGGAGACAGUGAAUGUGGCAAAACUGUUCUUGCUUCCAGGAUAACAUCUAAGGAGUUCAGAGCGGAAUAUGUACCUACUAUGUUCGACAAUUAUGCUGCAACAAUAUUUGUUGAUAAUGUACCAUAUCACCUCAGCUUAUUUGAUACUUCCGGUCGGGACGACGUAAGUUCAAGUAAGCUCAGAGUUCUGUCAUAUUCUAAAUGUGAUUUGUUUCUGGUAUGUUUUUCUGUACAAAAUGAACAAAGUUUAGAACAUAUUGAGGAGAGAUGGAUCCCAGAAAUACGCAUGCAUCAACCAACCACACCAUUUAUCUUAGUCGGAACACAGAUUGACAAAAGAUUUGAAACACCAGAUAUACAGGUGAAAUCAAAUAUAAAAGUCUCUCCUGCGCUAGCUUCUGAUGUGGCAGUGAGAACAAAUGCUGAAAGUUAUAUAGAGGUGUCUGCUUUAUCAGAAGAUGGUGUUUACGAACUUGUAAAAGAAAUAGUUGUUACUGUCAACAGGUCUCCAGUAGACAAAAAGCAGAAGAGCACAUGUAAAUGUUGUAAAUUACUCUGAUACACAAUAUGUUUUUAGCCUUUCCAGUUCAUUCAGAUGCUUUGUUUUGAUAAUGCACAGACAUACUAGCUAAAAAGAUAUUUGUUAUGAAACAAAAAUUAAAGACACAAGCACGUGAACAUGUUUUAUUGUAUCCUGAAAGCUAUGUUUUUUUUUUAAUUAUUCGACAUGCAUAAUAAUGAUAUUAGAUAAGAGGACAUGUGAUAUUUGUUAUAUAAAUAAUUUGUCAAAAACUUUGAAAUGUUUUAUAAUUAGUUGUAAAUAAUUCAGUUUGUGCGAUGUUUUUUUUUUUAUUUGUUUUGUAAAAAAAUCAAUGUAUUUAAUAUGUAUGUAAUGUACUUCAUUUCAAUAUACAUUUGUUUUAUAAAUAAAUGUAAUUCGAAGAAAUUAUAACAUUAAUUCAUUUUUCUAUCUGACCAAAGGAUUUUUAUACUAUUAUAACCCUUGAUCUGAUCAAACGUAAAUGAUAUAUUAACGAUGGAUGUAAAUUAAUUUAUUUGAUGCAAUAAUGCACUCUUACGUACACAGUGCAUUUUGAGUCAUAAAAUUAUAAUUGAGAUGAAGAUGUCUUACAGUCUCGGGUGGUUUUUUUUUGUAUCUAAAUAUUUUGAAGUUUUUAACUCGAUGAGGUUGUUACAUUUCAGUGAAUAUUUUUUGGUAUAUCUGACAAAGAUUGUUCCUACAAAACCUUACUUUUCAGUCAUUUCCCUUUAGGUCAGUCUGUAAUGUGAAUAAUAUCAAUGGAUUUUUUAGUGGUAUUUAGCAUUAAUUCGUGUCAUCAAUCAGCCAAUUAGCCAACUAACAAAAAUAAAGGCAGAAUCUUAUGAUACCAAAUAAUGAUAUGUAAAUAAAAAAGAAGACUUUGUUCCAUAUUUUAUAAUAUGAGGUACGUGCUUCCUGAUGAGCUCCAGAAGGUAAUUGGGUUUUAAAGAGCAUUUUGUAUGUAUGACUUACUUGUCUGUUGCAAUGACACGUGACUCGUCGGGUACUUACCACCCACGUUAAAACCUUUUGGAAUUUUGGAUCUUCAGUGCACUUCAAAUUCGUACUUCUGUUUUGGCCCUUUUAACUUUUGUUAUUCGAUCGUCACUGAUGAGUUUUAUAUACGAAACGCGCGUUUAGCGUACAAAAUUAUAAGUAAGGUUUCUUUAAUGACUUUUUUUUAUCCGUUUUCACUCCUUCGGGAUUUUAUAUGAUUUCCUCGGUUUUUCCUUUUUACCUUAUUUAUAUCUUCUUAACUUCUUAAUGGAUUUGAGCAUCAGUAAACUUCUAUUCAGUGGCGGAUCCGGGGGUGGGGUUUCGGGGGUUGGAACCCUUCCUUUUUUGUGACGAUCAAUGCAUUUGAAUGGGGACAUAUAGUUGGAACCCCCCCCCCCCCCCCCCCUUUAUCCUGGGUUAGGAUCCCCCCUUUUAUAAAUGGCUGGAUCCGCCCCUGCUAUUGCCUCAAAUCUAUUCAAUGUUCAUGGUUUAAAGACUUCUAUACAUAUAGUUGUGUGUGAUUGAAGAACAGUAUGUCUACACAGGAAAAAUUAUCAUAUAUUUAUUUAAUGUUUUACAUUUCUCACAUUCUCACUCAUGAUCACGUGACAGAAAGUUGUUUAAUUGUCAUGUUGUUGAAGAUUUUUCAAUGCCAUAGAUUUUAGACAAUAAUCGACCCUUCACCACCUUAGGCAGCUCAAUAAUAAAUUAAACAUUAUUGAAUAAUUACACUUAUAAAUGUGAAAACGAACUGUGUCAAAAUAUUCAUAUUUCCAGUUUCUUGUUAUGCAUCUAUAAACAUCAUUUUGUUAAGUUUAACACAUUACUGCCUUGAAAACUGUAGAAUUUACCGCGAAGCACUGGCUACUGGCAACUUGUUUCCUCGGGGACCAACCAGCAGUAGUACAAAGUAGUAUUUAUAAACGAUAUCAUUCUAUUGUCGAUUUCAAUGAACACGAUAGAUGCUAACUGUAAUAACUUUUCACUAGUUCGCUCAAGACAAAUACGUAGUUGGCAAAAUACAUAACAUUUUUUAGAGAUCAAAACCAAAAUGGCCUAGCUAUGCGAGAAAAAAACCAAAAGUCUAGUAUGUUAAAUUAUAUGGGUUAUAAAACAACAUAAUCAGCCGAACUUUUAGAUAUGUAUCGUCUAUUUUUGAGAGUGCGAUAUACGUAUGACUAUAGAAUAACACACAAGGUCCAUAUGUGGGGAGUGAAUAUUUCUCGAUCGUGGGGCAAGAGAUGUUAUGAAAUAGCACAUAAACUUGGCAUACAUGAUAUUAUUGAUAGUCAAUAUUCCAACAGACAUAAAAUUUAUGAUAUUAAAACAAAAUUGUGUGAAAUUGAAAAACAAGAAUGGGUUGAAAAAUUGUAUCAAGAUAGAAAUGAACCAAAUGGAAACAAGUUACGUACCUAUAGACUGUAUAAAAAUGAAUUAGAAACAAGUUCAUAUAUAAACAAGGGUAAAACUUAAUGCCCCCACCGCUACGGCGGGGGCAUAAAAAUGUAAAUGAUAGACAACAUAGACGUAUUUUAUCUAAUUUUAGAGGUGGGUGUCUACCUUUAGCAAUAGAAACAGGUCGUUACACCAAGCCAAAAACUAUUCUUAAUGACCGAAAAUGUAAAUAUUGUACAGUUGAAUGUGUAGAAGACGAAAAACAUUUUUUAAUGCAUUGUGAAUUUUAUUCAGAUCUGCGAUAUGGUCUAUUUUUGAAAGCAAGUGCAAUUAACCCAAAUUUUAACGAUUUUAAUCAUGAUGACAAAUUUAUUUUUCUGAUGUCACAUGACUGUAUACAACCCUUUUUAGCAAAAUCUUUAUAUUUUAUGUUUAAUCGCAGAAAAUAUUGUAUAUAGUUUAUUCUUUUAUUGUAAAAGUUUUAUUUAUUCAUUUUUAAUGAAUGUUAGAAUAAGUCUUUAAGCGGAAGUGUCUCAUAAGUCAGUUGUGGCUGGAUACCGAUAUUUUAACUUCGAUUGAAAUUUUUUUUUGUAUUUCUAUACUUAUAUUAUAAUGUAUGAUAUUGUUCUGUAUUGGUAUGUGACACUAUAAUAAAAUAUUCUGUCUGUC